CUUAUUCCCCUCUUUAUUAUUUUUUCCCUUCCAUUUUUCUUUUAUCUUUUUCUAUUUUCUUUCUUCUCGUACGCAUGCAUUUUUUUUUUUUUUUUUCCUAAUAAGGAAUCCUAAUUUUUGAAGCUGAGCCGGGGAAAAAAUGGGCAAUGGUGAUUGGGACCGAAGAGGAGUCUCUCUGUCACUGUUGCUGGGACGCGUGCCUGUGCUGGUGUCUUAGAGCAAGAGCCUCCCGGAGCUUUCGGAGUGGAAGGCCAAAUGACAUAGGAUGAAGGCUGUUCGUAACCUGCUGAUUUAUAUAUUUUCCACCUAUCUCCUGGUUAUGUUUGGAUUUAAUGCUGCCCAAGACUUCUGGUGUUCAACUUUGGUGAAGGGAGUCAUUUAUGGAUCCUAUUCUGUAAGUGAAAUGUUUCCCAAAAACUUUACAAACUGCACUUGGACGCUGGAAAAUCCAGAUCCAACCAAAUAUAGCAUUUAUCUGAAAUUUUCCAAAAAGGACCUUAGCUGCUCUAACUUUUCCCUCCUGGCUUAUCAGUUUGAUCAUUUUUCCCAUGAAAAAAUAAAGGAUCUUUUAAGAAAGAAUCAAUCUAUAAUGCAACUCUGCAAUUCCAAGAACGCUUUUGUUUUUCUACAGUAUGAUAAAAAUUUUAUUCAAAUACGUCGGGUAUUUCCAACUGAUUUUCCAGGAUUACAGAAAAAAGGGGAAGAAGAUCAGAAAUCUUUUUUUGAGUUUUUGGUAUUGAACAAGGUGAGCCCAAGCCAGUUUGGUUGCCAUGUAUUAUGCACUUGGUUGGAAAGCUGCUUAAAAUCAGAAAAUGGGAGAACAGAGUCAUGUGGGAUCAUGUAUACAAAGUGCACCUGCCCUCAGCAUUUGGGAGAGUGGGGGAUUGACGACCAGUCACUGGUUUUGUUGAAUAACGUCGUGUUACCCCUGAAUGAGCAGACUGAGGGCUGCCUGACCCAGGAACUGCAAACCACUCAAGUCUGCAAUCUAACCAGAGAGGCCAAACGACCACCCAAAGAAGAAUUUGGAAUGAUGGGAGAUCAUACAAUUAAAAGUCAGCGGCCUCGAUCUGUCCAUGAAAAAAGGGUCCCUCAGGAACAAGCUGAUGCUGCUAAAUUUAUGGCACAAACUGGUGAAUCUGGUGUGGAAGAGUGGACCCAAUGGAGCUCAUGCUCAGUUACUUGUGGUCAAGGGUCGCAGGUGUGAACCAGAACUUGUGUAUCACCUUACAGGACACACUGCAGUGGCCCAUUAAGAGAAUCAAGGGUUUGCAAUAACACUGCCCUCUGUCCAGUACAUGGAGUUUGGGACGAAUGGUCACCAUGGAGCUUAUGCUCGUUUACAUGUGGCCGAGGCCAAAGAACGAGAACCAGGUCAUGCACACCUCCUCAGUAUGGAGGGAGGCCCUGUGAGGGACCUGAAACACAUCACAAGCCUUGUAAUAUUGCUCUCUGUCCAGCACCUUAUGAAAUAUGCCCCGAGGAUUACCUUAUGUCGAUGGUGUGGAAGAGGACUCCUGCAGGCGACCUGGCAUUCAACCAAUGUCCACUGAAUGCCACAGGCACCACUAGCAGACGCUGCUCUCUCAGUCUUCAUGGAGUGGCCUUCUGGGAACAGCCGAGCUUUGCAAGAUGCAUAUCCAAUGAGUACAGACACUUGCAGCAUUCAAUUAAAGAGCACCUUGCUAUGGGGCAGCGAAUGCUGGCAGGUAAUGGGACGUCACAGGUCCCCAAGACACUGUUGGAUUUAACCCCUGCAUCCGAUGGUGUCCAGAACUUUUUUCAAAUAGUUAGCAACCUUUUAGAUGAAGAAAACAAGGAAAAAUGGGAAGACGCACAGCAGAUUUAUCCAGGCUCAAUAGAGUUAAUGCAGGUGAUUGAAGAUUUUAUACACAUUGUUGGAAUGGGGAUGAUGGACUUUCAAAAUUCAUACCUAAUGACUGGAAAUGUAGUGGCUAGUAUUCAGAAGCUUCCUGCAGCUUCCGUUCUAACAGACAUCAACUUCCCAAUGAAAGGACGGAAGGGAAUGGUGGACUGGGCAAGAAAUUCAGAAGAUAGGGUAGUUAUUCCAAAAAGCAUUUUUACUCCUGUAUCAUCAAAAGAAUUAGAUGAAUCAUCUGUAUUUGAAAUUAUACUGUUGUUAAUUCCAAAAUCAUUGUGGUCACAAUAAGGCCUGAACCCAAAACAACUGAUUCAUUUCUGGAGAUAGAACUAGCUCACCUGACGAAUGGUACUUUGAACCCCUAUUGUGUCUUGUGGGAUGACUCAAAAACGAACGAAUCUUUGGGAACGUGGUCCACCCAGGGAUGUAAAACUGUGCUUACCGAUGCAUCCCACACGAAAUGCUUAUGUGAUCGGCUCUCUACCUUCGCCAUUUUGGCUCAGCAACCUAGAGAAAUAGUCAUGGAAUCUUCUGGCACUCCUUCAGUUACCCUAAUAGUAGGCAGUGGCCUCUCCUGCCUGGCUUUGAUUACUCUAGCUGUUGUCUAUGCAGCAUUAUGGAGGUACAUCCGCUCUGAGAGGUCCAUAAUUCUCAUUAACUUCUGCCUGUCCAUCAUCUCCUCCAACAUUCUCAUACUAGUUGGACAGACUCAAACACACAAUAAGAGUAUUUGCACAACCACCACUGCAUUUUUGCAUUUUUUCUUCCUGGCUUCAUUCUGUUGGGUUCUGACUGAAGCGUGGCAGUCAUAUAUGGCUGUAACUGGAAAAAUUAGGACACGACUCAUAAGGAAACGCUUUUUGUGCCUUGGAUGGGGUUUACCAGCUUUAGUAGUGGCCACAUCAGUAGGCUUCACCAGGACGAAAGGAUAUGGCACAGAUCACUACUGCUGGCUCUCUCUUGAAGGAGGACUGCUCUACGCUUUUGUUGGGCCUGCAGCUGCUGUUGUCCUGGUCAACAUGGUGAUUGGCAUUUUGGUAUUUAAUAAGCUUGUUUCCAGAGAUGGGAUCCUAGAUAAAAAGCUCAAACACAGAGCCGGUCAGAUGAGUGAGCCUCAUAGCGGUUUGACGCUCAAAUGUGCCAAGUGUGGAGUAGUUUCUACAACAGCUUUGUCAGCCACCACCGCCAGUAAUGCCAUGGCCUCUCUUUGGAGCUCUUGUGUGGUAUUACCCCUUCUGGCUCUGACAUGGAUGUCUGCAGUUCUGGCCAUGACUGACAAACGCUCCAUAUUGUUUCAAAUACUUUUUGCUGUGUUUGAUUCAUUGCAAGGCUUUGUUAUUGUCAUGGUCCACUGCAUUCUUCGGAGAGAGGUUCAGGAUGCAUUUAGAUGCCGGUUGAGAAACUGCCAGGAUCCAAUCAAUGCUGACUCUUCAAGCUCUUUUCCUAAUGGGCAUGCUCAAAUCAUGACAGACUUUGAAAAGGAUGUAGACAUUGCUUGUCGAUCAGUUCUUCAUAAGGAUAUUGGUCCUUGCCGAGCAGCAACAAUAACAGGAACACUCUCCAGGAUCUCUCUGAAUGAUGAUGAAGAAGAAAAGGGCACAAACCCUGAAGGGCUGAGCUAUUCAACAUUGCCUGGAAAUGUCAUUUCCAAAGUCAUCAUCCAGCAGCCCACAGGCCUGCACAUGCCCAUGAGCAUGAAUGAGCUGAGCAAUCAGUGUCUGAAGAAAGAGAACACUGAGUUGAGAAGAACUGUGUACUUAUGUACGGAUGACAAUUUAAGAGGGGCUGAUAUGGACAUAGUCCAUCCUCAAGAAAGAAUGAUGGAAAGUGACUAUAUUGUGAUGCCCAGAAGUUCUGUAAAUACCCAGCCAUCAAUGAAGGAGGAAAGCAAAAUGAAUAUUGGCAUGGAAACCUUGCCGCAUGAAAGGCUAUUGCACUACAAAGUGAAUCCUGAGUUCAAUAUGAAUCCCCCUGUAAUGGACCAGUUCAAUAUGAACUUAGAUCAGCACCUCACGCCCCAGGAACAUAUGCAGAAUUUGCCCUUUGAGCCACGCACAGCUGUGAAAAACUUCAUGGCCUCUGAGUUGGAUGAUAAUGCGGGACUGUCAAGAAGUGAAACUGGAUCAACGAUAUCAAUGAGUUCUCUAGAGAGAAGAAAAUCACGAUAUUCUGACCUUGACUUUGAGAAGGUCAUGCAUACAAGGAAGAGGCAUAUGGAACUGUUUCAGGAACUAAAUCAGAAAUUUCAAACUUUGGACAGAUUUCGGGAUAUACCAAAUACAAGCAGUAUGGAAAACCCAGCGCCAAACAAGAAUCCAUGGGACACUUUCAAAAACCCCAGUGAAUACCAACAUUAUACCACAAUCAAUGUCUUAGACACAGAGGCAAAGGAUGCUUUGGAGCUGAGGCCUGCAGAGUGGGAGAAGUGUCUGAAUUUGCCUCUGGAUGUGCAGGAGGGUGACUUUCAAACAGAAGUUUAACAAAAUCAAAGUGAACUGAGGUGGAGACAUAAUUGAAUGCACUGACACUUAAGACUUGGAAAGCCUGACAUUUCUAUCUGAACGGUGUGACUAUCCUCUGUCAGGAACUUCACGUGCCAAAUGUCAGUGGUGUUUUUCAUAUGGUAAUUUCUCACUGGUCAGGCUAGUGAAGAGAUGGCCAGGUGUACAGUUAUCACCACCCUGUGUUGUAAGUACCCGUGGAAUGGAUUUGUAAGGUAAUCUUUAUAGAUAAACCUCAAGCAACGAUUCUUGUUGUAACCGCUUCGUAUGGUUUAGUUUUCAGAAAACUUCACCAUGAAGCACAAUGUAUAUAUUUAUGCAGUUUUUAAAGUUUAUAACAGUCUGUUUGGCCAUUACUACACUUUUUACUUUAUAAUAUAAAAGCAAAGUUUUUGUCAUUAAA